UGUUGCUAAAUAUACACCUUACAGCGCUGCAUCUUGCUUUCAUUAUCGACUCGGUCCCGUUACCCUGUAGGAGUGAAUACCUAUAGCAGAAGACACAGGGAUGAGUUUGACGUGUCGAGUUUGCAGUCGAACGUUUCACAACGACCUUGCCAUAUUUAACCACGUGCGCCACAAAUGCAAGACAUGCUUCUGCUGUAACUACACUUUCUCUGGCUUUAAACAAAUAAGGUCUCAUAUGCGAGAAAAGCAUUUGAAUUAUGAGUGCACAAUAUGCAAGCGGGCGUUUUUUCUCGCCACCAGCUGUGAAGACCAUACUAGAAUGCGUCACAGAAAUAGGAAAUCAUUUGAUUCCGAAUUGCAGCGUUGUGGCGACUUCAGUGGCUUGGUAAAUGAUAUCCAACCCAACCAAGAAAAGAUGGAAAGAUGCAGAGAGGCUGUAGAGAAGCUCAAGCUGUUCAUGCAGCACAACACUAAAUACAGCAUUGAGGAAUUUGUGAAAGGCGGCUCUUUUAAAAAAGGCACAAGUGUCAAAGAUACGUUUGACCUCGAUCUGGUUGUCUUCAUCAACGACUACACAUCCGUGGCACAGUGGAAGAAAAACAUGACAGAAAUACUCUCUACUUUAAAACACCAUAUAGUUCAGGGUGACAUAACGUGGGCAAAAGGCAUUAGCUUCAAAAAGAAGACACAUCGUUCACUUCAGUUCUCGAUAACCGGCCAUAAAGGCGAAAAAUUGCUUGAGGUUGACCUCCUCCCCGCAGUGGACCUUGGAAAAGGACCAAGGGAAGACAUUUUUAAGGAAAUGAAAAAAUCACCAAAAACUCGGCAUCUCUAUUCUGCAUGCCUCACAAAAGACCAGAUCGGUUUCGUGGAAUCCAUACCACUACAAGUAAAGAAUUUGAUUCGUCUUGUCAAAUACUGGAAAGAGAUUGAAGCUGUUAAAAUUCGAUCAUACUGCGUCGAGCUUAUUGUCAUUGGAUUGUGGAUACAAUGGGGAGAUUCUAAAACAUUUGACAUGAGGGAAGGAUUCAGGAGAGUCAUGGAAAAACUCAGCUGUCUGCGGUCGUUGCAGAUGGAUUCACUUGGAAAACACCGUGCAUCUGAUUACACGACUCUUCCUGCUCCGCCUGCAGUGAUUGACCCCGCCAACCCAUUCGUGAACGUUGCCGAUAACAUCAAGCCCGGUGACUUUGACUACAUUGAGAGAAAGGCGAACGCAGCUCUGGCGAAUGCGUCAUAGACUGACAUAAAUGCAAAGGAAAUAUUCCUGUGUUCGAAAUAUAGACUAUUUUGCGGAUACAUUGUAUUCUUUGCCCACUCAUCAUACGUAAAUGUCACUUUUGAUCAUGUUACUGUCAUCGUUGGCUUAACAUAACUCGAAUGAAUAUCAAGGAAUAUACUGAUCUAUGUAUAUUCAACGUAAUAUCUAACACUCGCAUGGCUGAUGUAUGGUCAUCAUGAUGGCUCCUUGUUAAGUUAUUGUUAUUUCAUCUGAUUUUUUCGCUGAUAGAUUUCUUAAUGUACAUUUGGGGCGAUGGGAUAGCCUAAUGGUUAAAGCGUCCGCUCGUAACGAUGAAGACCCGGGUUCGAUUCCCCACAUAGGUACAAUACUUGAAUCCCCUUUCUGGUGUCCCAGGCCGUUAUAUUGCUAAAAGUCAAUCAAUUUAGUAUCUGUUGUACAUCUUCUAUAUUUUUUGAAAUUAUGUUGCCAUGGAAUUGCAAUAUCAAAGAUACUUUGCCAUUUUUAACAUGUCGAGGGUAGGUUUUCAGCACUUACCACUGCAUCAUAUACAUAUCUGGAUCUCUUUGGUGCUGAAAGUAAACCUAUCAAUGAUGUUAAGAUAUUGAUUAUGAACAAUCAAUAAAUUAUUUCUAAUAGUAUCUUUCCAUUUUUUGGGUAUAUUUGAAAGAACCUGAUAAUAAUCAAGAAUUGUGCCUUUAAUUUUGUAAGUUUUCUUAAGUUCACUAAAUGACAAAAUACCUUGAUCAUUACACGUCUCUUAUAGAGUGAAUACCUUUGAGAUGUCAAUGUCUUAUAAUAAAAUUACUAUUUUGGAAUUGAUGAUUGAACCAAAGGGGUUCGGAUAAGAUUUGAUCAAUAUCUGUAAAAUCCGUUUUAUGUGUUUAUAAAAUAUUCCCCAUGCAGCCAAUGCAUCUUUCUAAUAGGGAUUUAUAAUAUUGACAUAAUUUUCAAUAUUGGCUCCAAGCAGAAAUAUAUCUUUGAAUGGAAAGAUACUAGGGCUAGUACUGUUUUUAUUUUGAAGAUAUUUAUGUAAAACUGACAGUUUUAAAGAGUUUAUGAAUACUUCUACAUUAACCAUUCUGAGUCCCCCUUCGUCAUAUUUUCUAAUAGGCGUCGUUCGCUUUAUCUUAUCCCGCUUACCAUUCCAGAUGAAUUCAUAAAAUAUAUUGUUUAGUUUGUCAACGAAUUCCUUUGGAGGAUUUGGGAGUGAAGUGAAUAUAUGCACCAAUGAUGAAAGUGCUAAAGUUUUAAGAACAGUUAUUUUCCCUAUUAAUGUCAAUUUUCUUUUCCUCCAAUUUCCUAGAGUUCUAAUAAUAAUUUCUAGUCUUUUUCUUGUAUUAAUUACCCAAAGGUUAUUUAAAUUUGGAUUAAGCCUUAUUCCUAGAAUAUCAAAAUCCCCACUAUGCCAAUCAAGCUAAGAUCCUGGCAUAAAAUCAUGCUAUUACCUGCCAUUGAGCCUAUCCACACUGCUUUCGUUUUAUCUAUAUUUAUUCUUAAACAAGACAUUUUUGAGAGUGUCAAUUGCUGCCCUUAAACCUUCUUCACGCCCAUCAAGAAAUAAUUCAGUGUCAUCUGCAUACUGUCCAAUUUUAUGUUCAGUAUUAUUCAAUGUAAUUCCUUUUAUUGCACUGUUGUAACGGAUCAUUAUUCCUAAAAUUCCAUCCACUAAGAGGAAUAUAUAGGGAGAGGCUGGGUCCCCUUGUCUACAUCCCCUUUCAUUGUCAAAAAAUUGUGAUAAAUGACCAUUCUGUAUAACACAUGAUGUAGCAUUAUUGAUUAAUAUUUUGAUCCAUUUUUCCAUAUUUGGUCCAAAGCUAAACUUUCCAAUUGUUAGAAUUAUAAAUUCUUUAGAGACAGUGUCAAAAGCUUUUUCAAAGUCAACAAGUAACAAGAGUCCCUCUUUACCUUCUAAUUUUGCUUCAAACAUAAUAUCGUAUUAUAAUCUAAUGUUCUCACCGAUACACCUUCCAGGUAUAAAACCUGUCUGAGUUUCAUGAAUAAGUGUAUUCAAUGUGUUUUUAAUUCUAUUGGUUAUACAUGUGCUGAGUAUUUUAUACAUAGAAUUCAGUAGGGAAAUUGGGCGCCAGUUUUUUAACAACUGUCUAUUUCUGUUAGCUUUUGGAAUACAUGUGAUGACGCCUCUGUUUAUUGUUGAACUUAACAUAUUUUGCCUGAAUGUUUCUGAUAUAUAUCUACAGACCCAAAUAUGAAGAUCUUUCCAGAAAAAUUUAAAAAAUUCUAUUGGGAAACCAUCUA